AUCAACAUCGCUAUGGCGCCGUGAUUUUGCACAGGUCCUGUCCGUUUAGCAGGCCAAGAUGGAUGAAAGACCAGUUCCACACAGCUCCGAUGAUUUGAACAAGGAACUUUUGAAACAGUGCCUGGACUAUUGCAGCCACGUUUGGCCCUCUGAAAAGGUUCAUGAAUCUCUUCUCUCGAAUUUGUCUCAUUCAACUGGACCAGAACCAGAUCCGGCAGAUCUGUCAAUGCUUCUAUUUUCGGAUGCUUCAGAUGAUGAGUCUUUGCAAGGCCCAAAAGAUGGAACGAAUUCAGUGAAAGGAUUCCGCAAGGCUGAGCAGGUGAAGACGGAUUUGCAAGUCUCAGCGAUAAAUCCAGCUUUGACAUCCAAACAUGCAAAAAUUGCGCAGAUGCAACGGAUGCUUCACCGAGACAUUGAGAGAAGGCAUGAACAUGCGUUUGAUGGCCUAAGAAGGAAAAUGGAUUCAACCACGGAAAUACCGCUGACCGACCCUGGCAUUUCAGAUACAUCGCCCUGUGCAAAAUGUAUCGGUCCUGAAAUCCAAGAAGGUGAUUCCAUCGCAUCGCAGAGCCAUGAACCUGGAGUGAAGGGAACCCUUGAUCCGUGGUGCACCAGCAUCACACGUAGACAUCAGCGGGAAGUCAGCAUGAAAGAACUGAAAAUCCAGGAAUGGAACUAUUUACGGUCCAAUUUUGGCAAAGUGAUGAAAGACCUCGAGUCCAAUGUAUUGUCUUCACAAACACGCAAGGUGAUCGAUGCAAGGCCGAACCAGGGUCAAAUAGAAGAACCAGAGACUCUGGAAGAGGACAUGCCAGAAGUGGCCAGCCUGACCAGCAUCGCAGAACUAAGCCAAAGUGAAUGCAGGAGGCUGCUACAGCAGAUGAAACCGUUGGUGCACGCCCCUCCUGCACUUUACAGAGGUCUUGCAAAAAGAGCUUUGGAGGAGUAUGCAAAAUUCAAACCGCAGACUUUCUUCGAUUGUCGUAGGGUUACAUUUUGGCAGUUUGGGAAUGACAAAACAAGGCGACAAAGAGAUCGAACUGAUCGCUACGCCGGGCAGCCUUUCUUCAACCUUUUGAUUGACUCUGAUGAGAAGGCCACACGUGCCGCUUAUGACAAACUUGGGCAAGCAACAUUUUUGUGGUUCAUUAGCUGCCAUAACAAUGCCAAGGCCGAGGCAGCCCUUCUUGAGAGACUUCCCGAGAUGCAUCGGAUUGCUGCAGUUUAUAUGUUGCAGACCCUCCUGGAAUCUCACAACGUUGUUGCUCUUGUUUUCCAAGAGGCAGGUGUCAAGAAUCCUGGACUAUUCAGCAUCGUGAAGCAGGAGUGUUUGCGUCGCUGCAGAUUGAAGGAAGGAGAACAUAGCCUUUCUCCGAAGGUCAUAUCCGAUGUGCUGGUGGCAUUUGCGACUGCGAAAAUUGCAGAUGAUGAGCUGUUCGAGGCUUUGAUGGUGCGAGCAGUUUCUCUCAUGGACACCGACUUGAAGCCGGAGUUGCCGUGCGAACUCUGUGCUCCAGCCAAAAGUUGUGCCGGCGAUGUUCCUGCCACUCCAUUCUUAUUGCAGGACUUGGUUCAAAUUUCCCGAUCUUUCUUGGACCUGCAGCGUGUUGACCAAGAGUUUUUCGACGAUAUGUCAAUGUACAUUGUGAAGGCUGUGCAAUCUCCUAACGAAAAAAUGGUUGACUGGUUUGUGGGGAAUCCGGCUUCACUAUCACACAUUGCCAACGUUUUUAUCAAGGCGCGAAUUUUCAAAGCCGAUCUAUUCUCAAUCCUUAAGACGUUGGCUGCAAGGAGAAAGGAGGACAUGCGGUCUGAGAGCUUGCAACAGCUCCGGCAAGCUUUUCUGGCCCAAAAGGGCGAGGAGGAGAAGCAGGAACGGAAAAAGUGGCAACCUCCAGAACGGCGGCGUGGAGGCAUGGGGCGUGCAGUUAUUGAACUGCAACCUCCCAAAAUUGUUCAAACUCGAAGGGAGAAGGCUCGGGAGCAAAGGCAGCGCCUGGCAGCAAUGAGCGCAGAGGAAGUUGCAAAGGAAAUCGAAGAAAACGAAAAACAUGCAGGAUUGAGCGCCUCUGCAAAAGUUUUGUUGAGCGGCUACAAGGUUGAGGCCAUACUCGAAGCACAGGAAGGUCCCAAGGACGUCAUCACUUGACUUGACUUGUGAAGUCUUGUGACUUGCACCCCUGGAGCGAAAGGAUUUCUUCGCCAACUCAAACAUGGGAGUGUUGUCAUUGUGGUUUUUGUUCGUUUUGAGAGAAAUUUUGCUUGAGUGUGCAACUGGUUUCAGACGACUGCUGGUCAAUGCUGCUGCCAUUGACCAGUUGGAACGUACCACGUGCAUUCUUUAUUUCUAGGUUCGCGUGUCUCAUCAUGUGACAUACAUUCCCUUAUCACUUAAUUCCAUGAUUUUGUAUCUUCAGGUCGCCCAAGCAAACAAUGUCAGUGCAGGAAGGGAAACGCACGAAGAGUGAAGUUAUGGAAGCUUCAACAGCCAUCAGCAUUCGAUCGAUGGUCAAGGCUGAAACCUGUUGCUGUUUCCAACAUGUGAUAGUAUGCGAUUUGUGUGACCCAAGCUGCACCAUUGCUUGCAGGGUAAGAAGGCCAGACAUGAAGAAUCAAGCGCUUCAGCAAAGGCAGAAUUACGCAAACAUUCCAGGUCAAAACGUUGAUUUCAAGGCCCAGCAAAAUGCACUUCGACAUUGGUGUUUGCGGUGAUGGC